GGACGACACCUGGAUGACACCUGGACCACACCUGGACGACACCUGGACGACACCUGGACGACACCUGGACCACACCUGCCUUUCUGAAGCCAGGUGGGCUGUAAGGUCCGGCUCAGGGUCCAUGAGGGGCUGUAAACUUGUCACCUGACAGGUAACACGUGCACCUGUUCCAUCUCUUCACCUGUGUCUCAGAGAGGCGGAGCCUGUUUUAUGAGUGUUGGACCGUCAUCGUUUCUGCAGAAAGUUUACAUUUUUUAUUUUACUUCCUUUAUUUUUCAUGUCUUUUAUUUUGUUGAACACUUCCUGCACUGAGUCCAGAGGUCACCUGCUCACAGUGAUGCAGCAGCAGGUGAGGAAGGUCACAUGACUUCCUGCCUGACAGAAUAAUCCCUGAUAGGCCAGAGCCAGGGGCAGUGAUGUCAUCUGAUAGGCUGCAGCCAGGAGAGGAGCAGGAGGAGGAGGACACAGACCGUGGAGAAGGCAAUGGAGCGCAGCGUCAUCCGUCUGAGCCACUGUCAGAAGGACAUCUUCUGUUUCUCUGUCCCUGAACAGUGUCCAAGCUGUGGGGAGGAACUGAGGGGGAGCAGACUGCAGGAGGCCCCCGUCAGCCUGCCCUCCCCCUUCUCCAACGGACACAAGAGCUCCUGCUGCCUGCUGGUGGCUCCUGCACACGACAACCUCCACAGGUGUGGUGUAUAACUACACUCAGGAUGGUGUGAGGCGUGAUCUCAGUGGGUGGGAGCGCUGCAUCAGCAUCCCUCUGGUCCGACCCGACAUGUUCCACCUGCUGGCUCAGUGGGACCAGUACCUGGAGCGCUUCUCUGACGGACCCAUGUGGGACCCUGUAUGGUACAGGUUUCAGGAGGACGAACACAACUGCUUCAGCUUCUGUCUCCAGUUCCUGAACAACGUCCUGACAGCAGAGGGACAGGAAGUCCUGAGCAGAGAGGACUUCACCCGGUGCUUCGUCCUGCCCCGGAUCAGAAGGGGGUCCAAAUACAGCACCCUGUACCAGCACAUCCAGGAACACCAGUUCUACAUGGUGGGCCGACAGGAGGACACAGGGUCCACCAGUUAAACCAGUUCAACCAUCUUAUAGCUUCCUCUAAACCAGUGUAACCUCGAAUUCAACCGUUGUGGUUCUUUCCUCUGUUACCACGGAAACAGGUCCAUUUGAUCUGUUUCAGGCUGGGACUCUGCGGUGCUGCAGGUUGAUUGACAGGAGCUUAGACCUGAUUUCUGAACUGUAUUUAUUUUACCGAACUUUUCAAAAUAAAAGAUCCAUCCAUUAUCUA